AUGCAGUACGUCAGGAGACGCCACCUCCUGUCGACAGCGACCUGGUCCUUCUCGGUGCCGGUCGGUUCCUCUAUUGCCCGCCCCAUUAUCCAAGACGUUCAUCCAGCGCUCCGUGGAGACGCCCCUGGGCCGCUCCAUGUUGCAGUGCCGCAUCAGCAGGUACUCAACGACAUCUCAGACUGGGCGAGGGAUGAGCUCAAGGUGGCCGAGGGGACCACGCUGGUGCUGCUGCUGCCGCGCCUGGCAGCCAGUGGCUGCAUCGCGUGCCGCACCGCAGUCGCAGGCCCGCCGGGGGUGCCCGCGGCCGCGGCGGAGAGGGAGCUGGGGAGCCCCGCCGCCGCUCCCUCCGGCAAUCGGCGCGCCGUGGCCGAGCUGCUGGGCCGCGACGGCGGCCGGCUGGCGCGGGAGCUGCUGGCCGCCUCCCCGGCCCUCGGCGGCGCGGUGCUCGCCGCCGCCGAGGCGCCGCCGGAGGGGGCCCCGGGCUGCGAGGCAGAGGAGCCGAGCAGCGGCGAAGCCUGCAGGCAUGCCGGGGCGGCCGCCCCCCUGCCCUCCAAGAAGGAGGCGGCCUGGCUGCGGCGGUCCCUGGCGGCCCUGGCGGCCCUGCCGCGCCCCGCGGCGCCCGGGCCGCCGCCCGCUCGCCGCGGCCUGCGCCCGCCCCCGCUGGGGGCGGUGCGGCCCCGGGGGUGGCUGCGGCGGACGCUGGAGCUCAGCGCGGCGGGGCUGGCGGGGCGCCUCUUCGAGUUCUACCCGCCGGUGCGGGACUCGGGCUUCCUCGCGGGGGACCUCCCCUACGCGCUCAACGGGCUCGUGCCCCUCGCCGCCGCCACCGGGGAGGCCCGCCUCACCGCCCUCUGCGUCGAGGCGGUGGCGCGCGUGCUCUCCACCCGGGGCGCGGACGGGUGGCUGGGCCCGGACGAGUGGCCCGGCGCCGACGCGGACGGUGGGCCGGAGCGCUUCGUGGCGCUCAGCGCUUCGAUCUGGGCGCGCGUGCCGCUGCUGCAGGGCCUGGCGCAGUUCGCGGAGGCGGCUGCGGAGUUCGGGGCGGCGGCCGCGGAGUGGGGCGGAGGCGCCGCAGCGCUGCAGUGCCAGGCCUUCGCGGCCGUGGAGGGCUUCGUGCUCGCGCUGGCGCGGCGGCUCGACGCGGGCCGCUGCUCGCUGGUGGCGUGGAGCGCCGCGCGCUGGCCGGACCUGGUGGCCACGCUCGGCUGGCUGCUGUCCAACCCCUCGGGGCCCGGGGGCAGGUGCGAGCCCCUCUCCGACCGCACCCCCUCCACGGUGCACGCGCUGGCGUGGCUGGCGCGGGUGCAGGGUUACGACUGGGAGGGGUGGUUCGCAGAUGGCACGUUCCCGGAGGAGGCGCUGGGGCGGCCCAACUUCAGCCUCUACUCCCACGGCGUCAACAACGCCGUGGCGGUCAAGUGGGGCGCGGCGUGGGCCGCCCGCUUCGGCGCGGGGGCCUCCGCGCGGCUCUCGCUCCACGCGUGGCGGCAGCUGCAGGAGCACCACGGCGUGCCGUCUGGGGCCUUUGGGGCCGACGAGCACCUGGCCGGGUCGGCCCCGGGCCGCGGCACGGAGCUCUGCGUGGUGGUCGAGUCGCUCCGCAGCCUGUCCGAGGCCUACGCCGCCCUGCCCUCCGAGCCGAGCCUGGCGGACGACCUGGAGCUUCGGGUGCGAGUCGACGCCAGCCACCAGCUCCGCCUCGCCACCUCGGCGUCGACGGCGGCGCGACGACGGGCGCCGACGGCCUCCGACGGCCAGUGCUCGGUGGUCGGGCGACUCCAGCGGCGCGUGAGCGCAGCGCUGGCCUGCCUGCUCUCCCGCUCCCUGCAGGAGCGCCUGGCCUUCAACGCGCUGCCGGCCGCCGUGGGAGUGCUGGCGGGCCGCUUGGGCUGGCUGCGGCAGGGAGCCCCAGAGGCUUCCGCGUGGAGAGCGCCGUCGCGAAGCUGCUGCAACGGCUGGCGCGAAGCUGGCUGCUUUCAGGCGCGUGUCCUGGCACUGGAGGAGCAGCUGCGGCGAAGCGAGGGCCCUGAGGUCCAGCGCAGACUGGACGCCCUGGUACCUUUUCUCGAGGAGGAGGUUACUGCCAGGCGCCGCGGGGUCGCACCCGAGCACCCGAGGAUGGAGGUCAUCAUCAGGAACGUGGCCAUGCACGUCUUCGGGCUGCCCAUGGCCCAGCUGCUGGGGCUGUCUUUCAAGCAGCUCAACGGCGGCGUGCAGCGCGGCGCCCAACGGCGGUCCAAGCAAACCAUCGUCGACGUCGUGGUAGAGAUCUGCGAGGCGGAUGCUGGGGUGAGCCGUGUGGCUGCUGGCGUUCCUGCUCCUCCGCUCUGCUCCUCCGCCUUCCGCGCCGAGGCGCCGAUCUUCGUGCCGGGUGCUGCAGCGUACCCGCCGCCGACUGGUGGGGACGUAGAGGAGUUACUGGCCGCUCUCAGCGAGGGGCCCUUCGAAGGGGAGGGCCAGGCCGACGUGUGCAUCGAGGAGGUGCACUUAGACACCAUCGACGGCCAGAACCAGGGGGCCGAUUCGGCCCCGCAGGCGCCGCUGGCCGACGAGAUGGCGGCGCUGGAGCCGCUGGAUGCCCUCGCGCAGCACGGCGGCGCCGAGGCGGAUCAGGUGCUGCGCGACGAGAUCGAUGCUGCCGCCCACAGCCUCGUCGAGCUCGAGGGGCUAUUGGCCGCCGCCACCGCGGAGGCCACGAAGGCAGAGGGAGGCUCGGGGAUCGUGGAGGUCCCGCAGGCGCCGCUGGGCUACGACAUCGUCGCCAUCGGCAACAUGAGCGUUGCCGAGAUGAAUGACCACAGUGGCGUUCGCCGCCCUCCUGGCCCAUGGGCGGACAAGUUCGUGUUCGACGAGGGCCAGAGCGACGGAGUCUCGGACGCCGAGAGCUCUGUCGACGGCGACGCCUACGCGGACCUCUUCGUGGUGGACUGGCGGGGGCGCUACGUGGCGCUGUGCCAGUCCGCCGCCGACGAGAGGACGGAGCCGCCCACCGGUGAGAAGUUGCUCGCGGUGGUGAAGCAGGUCGGCCUGGAGGUGGCGCUCUUCAGCUACAAGUCCGUGGACAGGCUCAUUGGGGACCUGCUCGGGCACGCCGAGGACUUGGCGCCCGCCGCUGUGGGCAAGCCCAUCCUCGAAGUGGCGUUAGAUCAUGCUGUGGAGGAGAACCUGCCACAGCAGCAAACCACGGAGGGCCAACUCGACAAGAGGCUAGCCAAGGCCCUUACCAUGAAGGUAAAGGAGCAUCUGAACGAGAGCACUCAGCCGCUGCACAAGAUUUUCAAUAAGCUGGAGGAGAAGCAGCAGACGCAGCACAAGGAGAUGGAAGACCAGCUCGACAAGACGCUUGCGGAGGACUCCAAGAAUAUGAAGUUGCAGUUGCUUGGUAGCCUGCAGCCGCUGCGAGAGGUGAUGAAGAUGCAGUUGCUUGCGAGCCCGCAGCCGCUCCACGAUGUUCCCCACGCGCUGGAGCAGGAGCAGGAGCAGCUGCACGCGACAACGGAGGGCCAGCUCGACGAGAAGCCAGACGAGGCGGCCGUCAAGAAGACGAAGGGAGCAGCUGCCUGA